AGCAGCAGGCACCUCUUCGCCAUCGCGCUUGUUCCAUCUCCUGAGGUAGUGCACAGCUGCGGGAUGUCUACGGGUCACACAGUGUGCGUGGUGUCCAGUGGCAACGCUGAGCAGCGGGCGUAUCUUGGGCGGUUGCGGCAGGAGCGAAGGUGUGGCGGGUAAGCGAUUUGCGGAGAUGGAUGGCGGAGAUGGAUGGCGGAGGCUGCGGCCACGGUCUGCGGGCGGAAGAGAUGGAGGCGGUGGCGAUUGCUGUGUCUACCGUCGUCCUAGAGACGAUGAACGAGAUGUCGUCGUCGUCACGAGACGUGGCGAAGCAGCUCUUGGUCCAGUUGUGUGUCGCACUGUCAUCUGGCGUUUUCCCCCGGCAGACCUCGCGAUGGUGGAUCAAACGACGUACUGGCGGAACAUGGGAGGACCUCCGGCAAAGCGAUGACGCCACGGACGAGUACUACCGCCAAAAGUUGCACAUGUCGAUGGCCAUGUUCAAGCAGAUCGUAGCCGCUCUCGCCGCGUUCGUGGAGAAGAAGGUCACGCACUACAGGACGCCAUUGCCAGCGGAGCAGGUUAUCGCUUUCGCGUUGUACAGGUGGGCGUUCGGGGAGACGUACGAGAGUGGCACUUCAGCUUUCGGCAUCGGUAGGGUCACUGGACUGCAGGCCGUCCGCGACGUCACUUCGGCGCUGCUGCGGGUGUACCUCGACACCAUCAAGUGGCCAGUGGGCCGCAGACGUGCGCAGAUUCUCCGCACUUUCUGUGACAAGGGAUUCCCGAACUGCUUCGGCGCCAUCGACUGCACACACAUCUACAUCGACAAGCCCGCCGACGCACCUUCUGCCAACUACUACGACCGCAACCACAAGUUCUCAGUGCAGGCGCAGGUCGUCGUGGAUUUGGAUCUCCGGAUCCUAGACGUCCACGUCGGAUACCCGGGGAGUGUGCACGGCGUCCGCGUCCUGCACAAUUCCCAGCUCUGGAGGCGCGCGCAGACUGGCGAGCUCUUCGACACAGCUCCAGAGAAUUUGUCGCACGGUGUCGUCACGCUAGGAUACCUGCUGGGCGACAACGGUUAUCCUGUUGCCUGUCCAUGGAUCGUGCAGCCAUAUGGAGGAAUAGACCAAGGUCCUGUUGAGGAGCGCUUCGACAACCGGCAGAAGGUGGCGCGGGGGUGUGUGGAGAAGGCGUUCGGCCGACUGAAGUGCAUGUGGCGUCUGUUCUUGCGCACCCACAAGACGAACCUGGAAACAUUGCCACAACAAUUCGUCGCCGUCUGCACUCUCCACCACAUCCUCCUCGAUGCGGGGAUCGACUUCGAUGAGAACCUGUUAUGGGAGGUGGGUCCGGACGGCGUCAGGCGCAGAGUGGACUUGGCCAUUGUCGGGGGCGGCGGAGGCGGGCAGCCACAGAGCUCCAACGUCGAGGGGGAGUUGUUGCGGAACGUGCUUCGCGACCGCCUGGCUUUGAUGUAGG